AUGUCGAAUCUUCGGGUGCUCUGUCGAGAUCAGCCUCAGCGUACAAUUGCAUUGUUUUCUUCAGAUCAUGCCUUGGUUUUUCACCAUACCUCCACGGAUACAAAAGAUAGUCCCCGAUGCCAAGUGGAAUUCUCUGACUUGGAAUCGGUGGACUUACAAGGCUAUCGGCCACUUGGGGCAGGAAAGGGUACCUUAGGCCUGGUGACCCUCAAUGAAGAUAUCUUUGUCUGCGUUGUGACGAGUUCUUCGCAAGCAGCUACCGUGAGGCCCGGGGAACAUGUGUCCCGAAUUGACAGUGUCGGCUUCUACUGCCUCAAUCGUUCGGAAUACGAAUUUGGCCUUGACUAUGAAACCGGGUCGCAAUUUGCCGCCGAGGAUCGCAUUGGUCCGGAUGGGAAGGAUGUAGUGACCGACCACCCUUUUCUGGCGUUGAAGAAGCUCCUUGGAGACGGAAGCUUUUAUUACAGUCUGGAUUUCAACCUCACUGAUCGCCUGCAGAACCGGGCUGAUAAAUCAGCGGCUUUCGACAUUGACACGCUGGAUGAAGACAUGCUGUGGAACUCCUAUAUGAUCAGCCCACUCCUUCUCUUCCGGAAUCACUUGCCACCAUCCGACAAAGCCAAACUAGAUGCAUCGCAGAUGCUCACUUGUGUCAUUCGUGGAUUCGCCAGCACACUCAAAGUGCCAGCCACAGUAUCAAUUCUCCCUCACAUACGAACUAACUUCCCUUCCAUGUUGACCAUUAUCUCACGGCAAUCUUCCCGGCGUGCCGGCACGAGAUUCAAUUCGAGGGGCAUUGAUGAUGAUGGUAAUGUCGCCAACUUCGUGGAAACCGAAACGAUUCUAUGGGUAGCUCCGGGAAUCGUGUUCUCUUAUGCUCAAGUUCGGGGAUCAGUGCCGAUCUUUUGGGAACAAGCUCCAGGUCUGAUUCCCGGUCAGCAAAAAAUCGAAGUGACCCGGUCCGGUGAGGCCACUCAGCAUGCGUUCGAUCAGCAUUUUGAGCGCCUGGAAUUGGAAUAUGGCGCAGUGCAUGUGGUCAACCUAUUGAGUGAAUUGAAACCCGGCGAAGCAGAUCUGUCGGCAAAAUUCCGAAAGCACAUAGGAAGAAGUUCAGUGCGGCAGAAAGAAGGCGCGGGGACGUCUCCGCGCCGCAGCCUUUUGCGAAUGACUGAAUAUGACUUUUUGGCAGAAACUCGAGGCCCUUCGGGAUAUGAGGCCAGUUCUCAGAUCAAGCAUGAGCUAAUCAAUUCGUUGGAUGGAUUUUCGUAUUUCUUGUCCGAAGAUUCUGGUCGCUCAAACAAACACCCUGACGACAAAGAUGACACAGUCAAUAGCUCUUCGGUGAUUCUGCAACAAGAAGGUGUAUUUCGGACUAAUUGUCUGGACUGCCUGGAUAGAACAAACCUCGUGCAGACUAUUAUUAGCUCGAUGGCGUUCGAGUCUUUCUUGUCGCAACAAGGCGGGAGACUCAGCCCCGACAUGCAAGUCCGACAUUCGACCAUCUGGGCUGACAAUGGCGAUGCGCUCUCCAAGAUCUAUGCUGGAACAGGGGCUCUGAAAUCAUCGUUUACUCGGCACGGCAAGAUGUCCCUUGCAGGAGCACUUGCAGAUGCACGAAAGAGUGCCACCCGGCUGUAUGUCAACAAUUUCACCGACAAAGCCAGACAGCAGACGAUUGACCUACUUUUGGGGCGCCUCACAAACCAAUUGCCCGUCUACCUCUUCGAUCCGCUGAAUGAUCUAGUGCUUGAAGAACUGAACCGUCGAACGUCGGAAUACUCCUCAUGCAGGCAGGUCCGAUUCUGGGUCGGCACCUUUAAUGUGAAUGGGCGUGAUGAGGGCCCGGGCACUGACCUAACGCCGUGGCUGUUCCCAGAGGCCGAUGGCUCUGAAGAAGACCCAGCGGUCUUUGUAGUGGGCUUCCAGGAGAUUGUCUCUUUGAGCCCACAACAGAUAAUGUCCACCGAUCCCAGUACCCGUAAGGUCUGGGAACGGUCGGUUCAUGAAUGCUUGAAUACGCAUUCGAAGCGAAAGGGUACUGGGAAAUACGUGCAUCUACGAAGUGGCCAGUUGGUCGGUGCGGCUGUCCUACUCUUCGUGAAAGAAGAUGCCCUCAAGCACAUCAAGAAUGUCGAAGGAAGUGUGAAGAAGACCGGUCUCUCUGGAAUUGCUGGCAACAAAGGCGGCUGUGCGAUUCGUUUCGACUUCUCGAACACCAGUGUGUGCUUUGUUACAGCACAUCUUGCUGCCGGAUUUGCAAACUACGAUGAACGAAACAGAGACUACGAGAUUAUCAACAGAGGUCUACGGUUCCAAAAGAAUAGGUCAAUUGCAGACCACGAUGCCGUGAUCUGGCUGGGUGAUUUCAACUAUCGGAUUGGAUUAGGCAAUCCCAGUGUCAAAGAAUUGAUUGCUCAGCGAGAUUACCAUAGGCUGUAUGAGAACGACCAGUUGAAUCUCCAAAUGGUUGCAGGUAAAGCAUUCCAAUUCUACUCCGAAGGACCAAUUGAGUUCCCACCCACCUACAAGUAUGAUGUUGGGCGGGACAAUUACGAUACCUCCGAGAAAGCACGUAUCCCUGCUUGGUGUGACCGAGUGCUGUGGCGAGGAAACAACCUGCGACAAACCCAUUACCAAACUGCGGACUUGAAAGUGUCUGAUCACCGUCCAGUUUGGGCAACCUUUGAUUGUGUCAUUGAUAUUAUCGACCACGCGCUGAAGGAGAAGCUCAGGCGAUCGAUCUACGGGAGAAAACAAGACUCGGAUCAUGCUUCCAUCGCAAAGUCCAUUUCCUUGUUAGACUUGGACGAGGAUGAAAUGAUGCCCCUGGCAUCAAUCGCACCAGGAUUCCCACCCGCGAGUUCUGAUCGGAGCCGAUGGUGGCUGGAUAACGGAACUCCAGUGAAAGCAACAUUGCAACCCCCACGCGAAGGGUUGGUUGCCAACCCCCAGCGCAAGUCUAAUCCAUUUUCCCCUGAUACCGACUGGGUAGCUCCUGCUCAAAUUCCGAGGAAGCCAAUGCUGCCCCCUCGCCACGGUACCACUGGAUCGCCGACGAUCUCAACAUCGCCCCAAUCGGUCGGGUCGGGGAGGUUGGCACCAGUGGUCCCUCGCAAACCGCUCUCACUGAGCUCCCAGGCGAAAUCUCAAACAAUGCCCAUAUCUGGGGAACAGACAGCCCAGCCCAUUGCGGCCAGUGCCAGCUCGCCCGAUCUAUUAGGUUCGUCCAGUGAACCGAUUGGGUGGAAACCACUUCUCCAGUAG